AUGUUCUUCCAAACUGCACUCUUUGCGACCCUCUCUCUUGCGCUUUGCGCCGUGGCCGUGCCAUGCAAGCCGUCGGAUGUAGUGUCCAGUGUCACUGCCGCCGCCGCCGCUGCCCCCACAACCACGCACACCCGCAAACACCACUGGACGACUUCUGCGUCCUCCGCGUGGUCCGUCCACACUUCUCAGACGACUAGCUCGUGGACGAGCACCGCGGUCCCGUCCACCGCCACCGCGGCAGGAAGCUCUGCUACUGGCGCAGGGCAGUGCAACACCGGUCCCGUACAAUGCUGUAACAGCGUCCAAUCCUCCAAAGAAGAUGCCGUUUCCAACGUUCUGGGUGCACUUGGAAUUCCGAUCCAAGACACUGCCGUGCCCGUCGGUCUGGCAUGCACUCCCAUUAACGUCAUUGGUUUGGGCUCUGGCGCGUCGUGCACCCAACAGCCAGUUUGCUGCGAGAACAACGACUACAACGGCGCUGUGGCGCUCGGAUGCUCGCCUAUCAACCUCUAA